AUGUUCUCGGUGGGCAAGGACUGGCUCUUCCCGAAAGAUGCCAAACUCGCCUUUCGACAGACCGGCAUCGCCAAGCUAGCAACACAGCCUGUGCCGCCCGAAGAUGUCGCUUACUGGGAGCAGUACUGGCUCGUCUUCGACACAGCUUGGGAUGUCACGACCCUCAUCACGGCGGCCGACGUUCGCACGGCUCUCAGGGAUCAGCCAAGCAAUGUCAAGACGCUCAUCUCAGUCUUGGGCGGCAAGCUCCUGCAGAUCCUCAGCGAGCCUGGCUUCCCUGCACCCACCCAAGCAUCUCUCGCUGCUGGUCUGACAGCUGCUUGGGGAGGGGGCACCGCAGAACCGUCCGACACUCGUCAAUUGCUCAAUUGCGUUCGCGUUCUGACGCGUGUCCUGCCCUUUGUCUGGGAAGGUCAAGCUCUUCCCAAUGCCGCAGGAGAGUCCGAAUCAUCUCCUGCAGACGUAGAGGAGUUUGAGGAUGCCAUCUUUUGGCGAGCGACGCGGAUUGCUCAGGCUCAGUCGAGCAAGCAGCACCUCGACGGUUCGGCGCGUGAUGAUAAUCACUUCGUUCUGGGCGCAGACGAAGAUGAAGAGGGCGAGCAGGAUCCGCUGAACUCGAGCAAGCCAUCGUCUCCUACAUCGUCUCGAAAGCUGCAGACCGAGACGCUUCUUCCGCCGCUUGGCGAGAGGCUCUUAGCGGCAGUAGUAGACAUGCUCUUCUUCGCUGGCCUCACUCUACCGCGCGAUAUAGUCCCCAAGGAGCUCAAGAUAAGCUAUAUCAUCUGGGAGGCAGGUGUGGGUACAUCUGUCUCUGCAGGCGCAACACGCGAGCUCGAGUCGAAUCGCCUAGAGUUGCUGCGACUCUUGCUCGUACUCAUCGCAAAGACAAUGUACAUGCCCACAACGGGCGAACAUAGAGUACAGAACAAAUGGACAGAAGCACUCGUAUCACUAUCGGAUCGGAAGGUCGUCUUGUCACUGCUCUGCUCCUUGCUCAACACCUCGCUCAACAAUGCCAAUCCUGGCCUGCUCAAUUACGACACACUCGUCCUCAGACGGGAAGACACAAAGUCUCAGCUCGCUAGCCUGUCGCUGCUCGCACUCGACAUACUUCUGGUAUGUCAGGAUGGUAGAGCAGACAGUACGUCAGUCCCGUCAACGCCUAUGCCAUCCCUGAAGCGCAAUACCUCAUUUCUCUCGGAUGCGUCCUUUUCGAGCAUGGCAAGUCCAGCGACGAGCAGCAAUACCUUUCUGCAUUAUCUGAGCAAAGUGCAUCGUCAGCCGGACAUCAGAUAUCUUUUCAGCAACAUCAUAGCGAGCCUGAACCGCGAGCUAUCAUCGCGCUUGCCCACCCGCAAGAUGAACAUCAACGGACUCGUCACUUCUCUGAUCUUCCUCUGGAAGAUGUUCGAGUGCAAUCCGAAAUUCCGCGAAUAUGCGCUCGAAGGUGACAAGCCAGGUAGCUUGGUCGUCUACCUGCUUGGUCUAUCCCUCGAAUGCAGGGGUGAUCCCGCAAAGCUCGGUCUCAUCCGCCUCUGCGCCUUCAUCCUGCACAGUCUGUCAGCUGACCGACGUUUUGGCUCACGUCUGAACGGCUCUGCCGAUCCGCAGGGGAUUCUCCCAGCUAGGCAUGCAGUCCCGGGCAGCACAGCUGAUUUCCUUGUCGUCUCCAUCGCUCAGCUAGUCUUCACUACCAAAGGCUCACUCAACACCCUUUACUCAACGUAUGCCAUCAUAUUAGCCAACACUAGCCCGUAUUGGAAAGCGACCUCGGUGCUCGCUUCCCAGCGGUUGUUACAGCUCUUUAUGGCAAUGUCAGCCCCUUCCUUUCUACUUGCGGAGGAAGGCAACCCCGGCACAUGCCUCUAUCUGCUCGAGGCGUUCAAUAAUGUGAUCCACUAUCAACUUUCGGACAACUCGAAUCUCGUGUACGCCAUACUGCGAGGACAUAGGCGAUUCGAGGACCUUGGCAAUUUCACACUCGACUGGGCCGUAGACGAGAUCCAGCGUAGCAAGACUGCAAAGAGUAAAGGAAGCAGCGAGUCAGAGCCACUUUCGCGAUCUGCAUCUGCUCGUACAAGCUCUAACGGCUCACUCGGAGCUUCUCAGACCUCUUUAAUCUCGCCUUUGCUUGCACCAGUGGACGAAGAAAAAGCUGCACUCGCAGCAAGAGAAGCAGCUUCGCCAGUAUCGCAUACAGAGGCACCCGCUCCUCCAUCGCCGUCUUAUCCACCUCGCGCGGCCACAGCUCAAAUGCCCAUGUCCGAGAAGGCUCUGGGCAAGCAGCGUGAGCGUACGGAAUCGCAAAGAGGGCAGCAAUAUGUCAGCAAGACUGGCUUCAUCCCAUCAGAUGCGUGGAUCGCCUCUUGGCGCAAUAUUUUGCCCCUCGAUACCAUCUCAAUUUUGAUUGCCGAGCUAUUGCCUCGGGUGUCAUCACUCUUGCGCACCGGAUCAGCAAGCGCAGAGCAAUCUGCACUUGACUAUCUCAAAACGGCCACGCUCGUCGGCCUCCUACCUCCUCCGCCGCCAAUCGCUCCGCGGCCAUAUUUGCAUGUGCAAGCGUCGGUCACAUGGCUCAAGUCGCUUGUGCUGGGUGCAGCAUUCACGGCGCCAGAGACUCUAGGAGUCUUUGCCGCGACUUGCCCGCGACUGUUCACACUAGUCACCGUCGAGCCUGCGCCUUCUGUUGCCCAACUCGCAUCGCGCAUGGCAACGUCGCUGAUCGCGCGGCCGCCAGCAGCAACACCAGCGUCGCCACCGAUAGCAGCCAACGGCUCUCUCGAAGGAACACAGACGUCUCGGAAUGUGUAG